CGCCAGGCCCGGCAUAGCGUCCCUAACGACCGGCAACGAAGGACGCGAGCGGAACCUCUUCCGCUGGAGCCACACGGACUCAGUGACUAGUUCAACUAAAGAUACGAGAUGAGGUCGUUAUUCUUGUUAGCGGCGCUGUGCUGCUUAGUGUUGUCGGCAUGCGGGGGUCCCAUCGCGCGACCUGAGGAGACCGAGGUCAAGGAGGUCUCGGAGGGUAGGCAGCAGGCGCCGGCCGCGGCAGCCCCGGCUGCUGCUGACGACGAUGACGACGACGACGACGACGACGAUGAUGAUGAUGAUGACGACGUAGACCUUGGAGACCCUCUCACAGAUGAUGAUGACGAUGACGACGAUGACGACGACGAUGAUGAGGAAGAAGGUGAUGACGACGAUGACGACUACCUGGAGAGGUUCUUGGAUGACAUCCUUGGAGGAGGAGAUGAUGAUGACGAUGAUGACGGGCCAUCAGCCGUGCAACCUGUGGUCGCGCCCGCUGACACUGUUGCCGCUGCCGCUGCUCCGGCCGCGCCCGCCGCCGCUGCCGCCUCUGAGGAACAAGUGGCCGCUGCUUCCGAAGAAGUUGCCGAAGCGGCUGAAGGCGAAGCCGCUGUUGACGGAGAAGAGCCCGAAGCCGGACAGAAAGAGCCCGCGAGCGCUGAAGUGGAGACCGCGGCGGUGGCCAGCCAGGAGGCGGCGGCGCCCGCUGAGGCCGAGGACGACGAGGAUGAGGAUGACGACAUCACAGAUGCGCUCGACCCCGAGGAGGACGACGACGAGGAGGACGAGGACGACGAGGAGGAGGACGACGACGAUGACGACGACAUCACCGACGCGCUCGGCAGGAACAUCUCCGCCAAGCACUCACGUGCUCUGGAGGAGCCAGCGAAGAAGCCUCCGGUACCAGCGGUCUACAUCAUCAAGUACAACCGGUUCGUGGACAAUAUCUUGGAGAAGAUGAACGACGUCCUACGCCGCUCAUACGAUCCUGUCAGCGUGAAGUUGCAGCCUAUUGAUGCCAGCAAGAAGAGUACCAAGCCAAAGAAGAAUAAGACGAAGUCUAACAAGAGGAAAACAUCGACUAAAAAGAAGAACACCGCUCGAGGCAGCUCUGACAAACCCAAGGACCAACUCAAAGACCAGCCCGCAUCCACUGAGAUCCCGGACAAAAUCAACAAGAUCGAAGACACCAAACCAGUAGAAGAGAAACCUGUUGCAGCAGAGCAGGUCCAAAACGAGGCUUCACAAUCUAGAGCGUUGAAAGAGAAAGCUGACAGCGGCAAGGCUAAGCCACCGACUAAGCCCAAACCUACAAAAACCACCAAGCCUAAGCCAAAACCACCAACCAAAACCACGACGAAGAAACCUGUGGUUACUAAGAACAAGGUGAAGACUUCGAGUGAGAAGAGCAAACCCAGAGCUAAAGGAACGUUGUACGGGCUGUCGUCUUUGAGGAGGGUUGGUGAUGUCGCUGUCAACAUUAUGACUGAUCAUACUACAAUCAAGAGCAAUUUUGCUGUUGGACCUUUGAUUUUGAGAGUGGAGAAAGAGGUCGGUCGUGGAGCUAAGAAGGAGAUCAAAUCGGCGACAGCGACUACAGCUGAGAUGACUGGGAAGAUCAGCCUGCGUGUAAACAACCAGGGUGUCGCCACUUUACAUUCUAUCAAGGUUCUACAGCCUAAACAGGUUCGCGUUGACAGUAACCACGAGCGUACCAGGGAGCUGGUGUGGCGACGUAGCGCCAGGAUCGCCCACGUGGUGUCUGAGAAGCUGCUCUCUGCAUCCAAGCCCAUGUUCCACCAGCAAACUGUCGAUAAGCUGUAAGUCCAAGGUAUUGGAAUAGAAAUGCAUUUGAAAGGUAUAUUUUUAGUGCGGUGGUUGUGAACCGAGUCAUCUGCCCUCAUCAUCUUCCUAGCGUUAUCCCGUUUUUCACAGGGUCCGUUUACCUAACCUGAAGAUUUGACAGGUCCGGUCUUUUGCUUUUAUGUUUUUAAAGCACAUUUUUGUUAACAUGCCAUUUUAGAGCAAGAGACAAGAAUGGUAACAUAACAUAAACAUAAACAGCCUAUAUACGUCCCACUGCUGGGCACAGGCCUCCCCUCAAUCAACCAACAACAAGAAUACAAUAAUGGUAAUUCUUACUUAUUAAAACUAGUAAAAAUAGUUUUAUUUUUGGGCUGAUUUAGAAUUAUUUUGUAACUGAAACGAAACGAAUGAAGCACAAAUGAUUUCUGCAGAUUCAGAUUUAUUUCUUUAAGCUUAUGAUUUAGUUUCGAAAACUGCAGUAAGUACGUAUUUGAAUGCAUUUCUAUUUAUAAUAAAGCACGCCUUUAUAGGCCGACUGA